AUGUCACGAAAUUAUUUAUCAUUAAAAAAACACACAUUGGUAAUUACUCAUUCUCGUAAAAGAAAAAGAAUUUCUAUUAUUGCGCCUGCAAUUUCUUAUUAUUAUACUUCCUCUAGAGAAGCUCUAAGAAAUGAAAGACAUAGAAGUGUUCGUGGCUUUGACAACCGAGAUGAAAGGAACACAGUUAAUGAAAAAGGAAGAGACAAAGCAUCAAGAAACAGGUCCAAUUAUGAUACUGAUACUGAUAGAGGAAACUUUAAAAAGAAAAAAAAUCGAGAAAACGACCACGACGACUACGAAGCCGGUUUUAGUAUUGCGAGUAUUCGUAAUAAUAGCGAUGAUAAUGACACGAGAGAUAAAUUUUCUCGUGGUAUCGUUAGACUUUCCAAGACAAAAAGCAAUGAAAUUGAUCCUUUUAGAAGAGGAGGAGGAAGUGGCCAAAAAUCACUAUCAUCAAGUUCCUAUAGAGAAAAGACAUUUCGCGAUAAAUUAUCAUCAUUGGCAUCAAGUAAUACUUUUAAAGAAAAAAGAGAAGGAACUCGAAAAAUUUCCAGAGAAUUAUACACAGAAAAAAAGAGAAAUCUCGGGAAUAAUAAUUCAAAUUUACCUAAAGUAAUAUCUGACAUUUAUAAAACAUCAGAUAAACAACGAUUUAAUUCAUAUGGGGAUAUUGCGAGUAGCCAUAGCAGCAAGGAUACUGAUUCUACUAUUACUGCUGACUCUUCUAAAUUCAAACUUUAUCAAUAUAAUGCUAUCGGUGAAGACAAAAACAAACGUCUAGAUCAUUUUUUACGUGAACGUACAGGAUUACCUAUCACCAAGAUUCUCGUGUCUAUACGGAAAAAAGAUGUCAAGUUAUAUCAGGCAGAUGAAACAAAACUGGAACAUAAAAGCCCGUCGUUAAAUGCAUAUCGUAUACAGCCGGAUGAUGUAGUCUCAAUUCGGUGUCCCGAACUAAAAUAUAAUGCAGUUGUUUUAAAACAACCUACUCGGGAUAGAACACCAUUGUCCGAAGAGAAAAUACAGGAAAUUCGUAACUGGAUUAUUUAUAAGGAUGAGGACAUUUUGGUUAUCAAUAAACCAUCCGGAUUGGCUGUACAAGGUGGCUCGAAAAUAUAUGAAAGCGUGGAUGGGUUUUUACAUGCUUUACAGUAUGAUUAUCAAGAUAUACCACGUCUCGUACACAGAUUAGAUAAGGCUACUUCAGGAGCACUUAUUCUCGCACGCACAAAAUCAGCGGCUACUAGAUUGUCAUUGAUGUUUUCGGAAAACAAGUUGGAAAAAAUGUACACUGCCGUAGUGACAAAUUUUAUUCCACGGUGUUUGAGUAAAAGAACUAUAAAGGUCCCAGUUGCUAUCACAGGGGAGCCACCUCAGGAGCGUGUGAUUUGCUUGAAAGAUGGAUACGACGACGAAGACAUGAUCAUUAAUAAAGCUCAAGAAGCCAUAUCCGAGUACAAGGUAAUUGCCGGCACGGGCGGAUACUCUUUACUUUGGUUGUAUCCACUUACCGGUAGAAAACAUCAAUUAAGAGUUCAUUGCGCUUCUGUGUUGAACGCUCCAAUUUUGGGAGACGUAAAAUACUGCGACACCUCCAAAAUUUUACCGCAUCUCAAAAAAUUACAAUCACAAACGACAAGGAACCCUUCACAUAGCUUUAAUCCUAUGCAUUUACAUUUAAGUAAAAUUGCUAUACGGGACUGGAAACUUUUCAACGCGUUAGGGAAGGUAGCCAAGAAAAAAGACAUAGAAGUGCAUGUUCCAUUACCUGACUACUUUCAAAAGACGACAAUGAUGUUGUUUGGAAUUGACGCGGAUAAUGAUGAAUUUUUAGCACGAUACGGAAAUAAUAAAUAA